AUGACGCAAAUACGGCCCCGAGCAUCCAUCCUGGCCGGGACGAUGACGCAGUCCCUUUAUUUAAGUGCGUCCAAAGGUUCCAUCGCAUUCCUCCUCGAUCAGAGCCUGUUCAUCAUGGCUCUCAAGGGCCGAGCCCCGUUUUUUGGUUGGCGCGAAUACCCGCACAACCUCAAUCUUCCCGCCACGGAGAUUGAUGCUUCGAAAUGUUGCGAGAGAAUAUCUGAAUCCGCGAAGCGGCUUUUUGUCCCUGAAGGUGAAAGCUGCGUUGAUGUCCUGGCCGUCCGAAACGAUCCAGAAGGUGUGUCUACCGCUUGGCUAUUCCCACCAUUAUCUGAUGUGCAACCAGGAGACGGAAAAUGCUCGUCCCGGUUUUUCUUUAUUCGUCAGCCGUACUCGUGGACCCAACUGCUUAUUUCCGAGGUGCUCUUCCGGAAACUGAUGACCAUCUUCCGAGUGCAUCCUGCGUUUCUGGAGGUCGUGCUUACAUUCGGGGAGAAGAUCGCGCCCGUCGAGGAAAGCCAGUGCAGCUUCUUCGCCAGCAUUUCGAGCAACGGCGCGUCAGACUCCACAUCAAACCGUCCUCCACCUAGCGGUUCUACCUGUUCCUUCGAAAUCGCGUAUAACAUCAAAUACGUCGCAAGGCAUGGGAGGAAGUACCCGAAGGAUCCGUAUUCCGUUCGCGAAUCUGGCGUGUAUCAAAAGCACACUGCUGCAUCUCAGCAGUGCACGUGGAUUUUGCUACAGCCAUCGAAUGAGCUGGAGGAGCGUCUGCAACGGCACAUGUUCGACCCCCUCGCGUCAAAUCCCAAUGGGCACCUACUUAUCCACGCUUUGAUCCUUCUCGUCGCAUCUGAGGACUGGAGGGAAUACGUCAAUUACCUUGAGGAUGAGUUUUCCAAGCUACUCGAUCGUGGAUUUUUCAGCAGUGUCCGUGGGUCGAACACCUCCGGAAGUAUAAAUGCAGACUUCUCUGAUAUCAGAGCGCUGCACAUCCUUGCUGAUAAGCUAAGAAAAUUGCUACACAUCCUUUCUUUGAACCGUGGUCUUGGCGCAAGAAUCAAGGAUACUUUUCAGUCUCUCCUUAGCCCUGUGUCUACGAGUGGCGAGGUCUCCUCCUUGUUGUACGCGAAACUUGAUCUCUACGACUUCCAGAUUAGCACGCAACACUCCAGGAUAGAUACGCUUAUAUCUCGCUCCGAAGGUGUUCGAUCCCUUAUCCAACAUAUUCUUGACAUGAGGAGCUCUGAAAACAACGGCAACAUCAAUCGAGCUAUGCGUGAUCUGACAGAGCAAGGUGUUGAAGAAAACAGGCUCAUGCGACGGCUCUCAAACCAGGCAACUCGCGAUACCAGGUCCAUGAUGGUCAUUGCAAUCAUCACAGCCAUAUUUUUACCGGCUACCUUUGCAGCUACUUUUUUCGGCUCUAAUUUCUUCGGUUUUGUGAACCGAGAGUCCGGGAGCUCCUUGGAAGCCGCUUCGAAUCUUUGGAUCUACUUCGUCGUUGCGGUAGCUCUCAGCGGGCUGGCAGUUUCUUUUGUUCUGAUUUAUUAUCGCGUUAAUUGUACAUGGAUACCACGAGACGGCACCAAAGACGAAGAUGCUGAGAAGGAUUCUGAAGCAACUGUGGUGGGACAGGUCUGA